AUGGGUGAAGCUGACCUUUGGUGGCAACAAAAUAAGACUACCAUCAAAGCACUACCUAGUUUCAAUUGGACUUUGUUUCAAGUGAAGGUUAGGGACAAGUUUUACCCUAAUUUCUUACAGAAACACAAAGCUGAGGAAUUCUCUAACUUAGCAAUAGGAUAUAUGUCAGUCACUGAGUAUUAUACCAAAUUUAUUGAGCUGUCAAUAUUUUCCAAGGAGUCUAUUGCUAUAGAAAAGGAAAAGGCUAGGAAGUUUGAAAGUGGAUUGACCACUAAUUUGCAGCUAAAGUUGUGUGGACAAGUGUUCGAAACAUUGGAUGAAUUUUAUGGGAGAAGCAGACAUACCACAACAACUUCAACAGCAACAAUAACUUCCACAACAACAGUCAUCAAAGUUUUCAAUGGAGAGCCUAAGAACUCCAACCAAAGAAAUUACAAGGGUCCAAGGCAUUUUUACUGCAAGAGGUGUAGGAAUGAUCACCCUGGUAAAGACUGUGAAGGUAAUUUGGUUACUUGUCGCGCUUGCAACAAGUUGGGACAUAGGGAGUGCGAGUGCUUCUCCAAAGAUUCUAAUCGAAACAAGCAGGGUAAUAAUCAAGGAGGGGCUCAAAAAAACUUUCAACGGAACAACAACUAUUCAGGGAACAAAGGGGCACAACAGUAUGGGGUGAAAAGCAAAAAUAAUGGGAAUAAUCAGGUGAAGAGUGGAGCUCCAGGAAAACUGAAUGUGAUUAGUAGGCACAAAGCUGAUACUACGAAGGAUGUUAUUACUAGUACUUUUUCUAUUAACUCUAUUCCUAUUAAAGUUUUGUUUGAUUCUGGUGCAACUUUUUCUUUCAUUUCAAAAGCCACUAUUUCAAAGUUAUCACACUGUCUGAAAACCAUAGAUGUCAUAGAUGUACAUAUAGUUAUUCCUACGGGAGGGGUAGCACAGUGUACCAAAACUAUUAAGUAUGUGCCAUUAGAGAUCAAGGGGAAUGUGUUUUUGUCUGACCUCAUUGAGUUUGGGUUAAUUGAAUUCAACGUUAUUUUGGGAAUGGAUUGGUUGAGUAAGUAUAGUGCAGAGAUUCGUUGUCGAUCACAGAAAGUGCAGUUAAGUACAGCUGAGGGUGAGUUGGUAACACAUUGGAAGCAUGGUGAAACAAAGUGCCCAAGGAUCAUAUCUAUGAAUAUGUUAGCAAAGUAUAUUAAGAAAGGACAUCCAGUAUAUUUUUGUAGUGUGACAAACUUGGAACACGAAGAGACAGCUAGGCCUGAGAACAUAGAAGUGGUAAAUGAGUUUUUGGAUGUGUUCCCAGAAGAGAUUCCAAGAAUGCCACCUAAUAGGGCAAUUGAUUUCACAAUAGAGUUGGUCCCAGGGACAACACCAAUUUCCAAGGCACUGUAUCGAAUGACACCUGCAUAG